GCUGUUCAAUCCCUCCGCGUGGAACGUCGUCCAUCUGCCCCCUAGAUCCGAAGGCUCGUCCUCUGGCAGCAUGCGCCGCUCGAACUCGUCGCGACAGUCAAAUUGGCACUCAUCGAGUAAUACAUCGAGCAAUCAGGCCGCGCGCCGCCCAAUUUCGCCCACGCGCGCGUCGGCGGGGGCGUCGCAGGCUUCCAGUGCGCCGCGCAGCACGUCAGGCGAGGAACUUAGUGUGGAACCUGGUGCUCGUGAGGAGAACGAUGAGAUGGAUCGCGAGGAGCAGGAUGGCAGGUCGAAUGUGCCCACCACGGAGUCUAUGUCGGAGACGUCUGCCAAUGGCGGGCUGCAUACCACGCGUUUCGAACAUGUGGAGGAUGAGCACGGGCAUCAUAUCUUGACUGGGAGGGAGGGGAAGCUUAUGCGUUGCGAGGAUGAGCCAAUACGAACCCCUGGAGCCGUACAAGGCUUUGGUGUACUCAUCGCCGUUGAGGAGCUUGAGGAUACGUUGUUAGUGCGGCAGGUUUCUGAGAAUUCGACUGAAAUCUUGGGUCUUUCUCCCAAUCACUUGUUCGGGCUUGAGUGCUUCACCGACUCCCUUCCUGAGACUCAGGCUGGAUUGCUCUGGGACGCCAUCCAAUUCCUCAGUGAGCCUGAUUCGAAUCAGAUCGAUACCGAGGACAACAGUCCCCAUGUCUUCCUCCUCUCCGGCUGGACUGCUCCGAACUUUGCUGCUGAAGACGAUCCCGACGCCGACAAGCAGGGUCGCAAGACAUGGACCUGUUGGUGUGCGAUUCAUAGACCAGCGCCCACGUCGACGGAAGGGCAUCCGACCACACACAACCUCAUAAUCAUGGAAUUCGAGCUGGAAAAGGACAUCGUGCAUCCCCUUUACCCUCCCGCAUCCCAUUACUCCGAUCGCACUCCGGAGGCGACGGCAGCAACGGAAGCUCCUAUCAUGUCGACGAACGAGCCGGACGACCUACAGCAACGGCCUGCCUCGCCAUCGUCUCCACCUGGCACAACGCAGGUAGUCCGUCCUGAGGACCGGAACAUCCCGCACCGGGGUCUCGUGGGUGAGGAGAACUGGAUGCCGAGCGCGGAGGACAUCCUGGAGAGCACGACGAGCAUCUCGAAGCCGCUCCUCGCGCUCGAAAGGCUCCGGCGGAUGACCAUGCGCGGAGAGACGCCUCCCACCGGGAGCGCGGGCAGCGCGCGCGCCCGGCGGCGUCGCGGCCAGGACAAGGCCCAGCCAGGUUCCGUGGGCAUGAUGGACAUCUUCGCGGUCAUGUCGCAGAUCAACGAGCAGCUGGGUGCGGCGACGGACCUGGAGACGUUCUUGAAGACGGUGGUCGGCGUGAUCAAGGACUUGACGCAGUUCCAUCGGGUACUGGUGUACCAGUUCGAUGAGGUGUGGAAUGGGCAGGUGGUGGCGGAGCUAGUGGACUGGUCGCAGACGCAUGAUCUGUAUAGGAGGCUGCAUUUCCCGGCCAGUGAUAUACCCGCGCAGGCGCGGGAGCUGUAUGCGAUAAACAAGGUCCGCAUACUAUACGAUCGGGAACAGUCGACGGCCAGGAUUGUCGUUAGAAGCAAGGAGGAUUUGAAUAACCCACUUAAUAUGACGCACUCGUACCUUCGCGCCAUGAGCCCUAUUCACCUUAAGUACCUUGGAAACAUGGGCGUGCGCGCGUCCAUGUCAGUGUCCAUCAUGGCGUUCGGCGUGUUAUGGGGUCUCGUGGCAUGUCACUCGUACGGCCCUCAUGGCAUGCGGGUCUCUUUCCCUGUUCGGCAAAUGUUACGGUUGCUUAGCCAGUCAAUCUCCAAAAAUAUCGAACGCCUGAGCUAUGCGUCACGACUGCAUACACGCAAGUUGAUCAACACAAUCUCGUCGAGCAACCAUCCGACCGGGUACAUCAUUAGCAAUGCGGACGACUUGCUCGGCCUUUUUGACGCCGACUAUGGCAUCCUGGUCAUCGGCGAGGGUGCGAAGAUCUUGGGUCCGAACCAACAUGGCCAGGAGAUCCUCAUCGUAGCGGAGUACCUUCGUAUCAAGCAGUUCAACUCCAUCCAGGUCUCGCAGGCCGUGACAGUUGACUUCCCCGACCUGCAAAUAUCGACGGGGUUAGAGAUAGUCGCCGGGUUGCUGUAUGUUCCGCUCUCGACGGGUGGUCAGGACUUUAUGGCCUUCCUGCGGCGCGGGCAACCACGUGACGUGCACUGGGCGGGCAAGCCGUACAAGGAAGGCGCAACCACGGACGCCCGCCUGGAGCCGCGCAAGUCAUUCAAGACAUGGUCGGAGAAGGUCGCCGGGCGCUGUCGCGCAUGGACAGACGAGCAGCUCGAGACCGCCGGUGUCAUGGCGCUGGUCUACGGGAAGUUUAUCGAGGUCUGGCGGCAGAAGGAGACGGCUUUGCAGACUACGAAGCUCACGAACAUAUUGCUGUCGAACGCCAGUCAUGAAGUGCGCACGCCGCUGAACCACAUCAUCAACUAUCUCGAGCUUGCGUUAAAUGGCAGCCUUGACGGGGAGACUCGGGAUAACCUCAGCCGCUCCCAUGCCGCUUCGAAGAGCUUGCUCUUUACCAUCAACGACCUCCUCGAUCUGACGAGGUUGGAGAUCGGCGGAGAAACGGCCUUCAACGAGCCCUUUGAUCUGCAGGCCGAGAUAAUAGACGCCACCCGUAUAUACAAGAACGAGGCCGAACGUCGGAAGUUGCGGUUCAACGUAGACGUGUCCGAUGGUCCAUCAAUUGUCGUGGGCGACGCGAAGAAGAUCCGUACGGUCGUACAGAAUUUGACCGCGAAUGCCCUCAAAUACACGAACAGUGGCGGAAUUACUAUUCGCUCGGUCACCUUUCAGGAGCCGGAAGGCUUGCGGGACGAGCGGCAGACGGCUGUCGAAAUCGUUGUGGAAGACACCGGAUGUGGCAUCGCGUCCGGCAAACUAGAAAGCAUCUUCCGCGAAUUCGAGCAGGUGGAAUCGGCUGAGCCCAAGACAUCGACUGAGCCGGGCGUCGGCCUGGGUCUCGCCGUCGUCGCGAGGAUCGUCGAGCAGCUUGGAGGGCAAUUGCGUGUCGAUUCCAAAGUCAACGAAGGUAGCCGCUUCUCCUUCCUCAUCCCCCUAGGGCUACAAGGGGAUGGGAACUCGACAUCGUCCGCUGUGUCCUCGCAAUCUUCGACCUCGUCGCUCGAUAAGAUAGACAAGAGGCGAAGCCGGGCCAUGAGCCACAACUCGGCUUCGAGCAAGAUUGAUUCCUUGGUGGAAGCUCUGUCGAGCAGCCAUAUGCAUCCGCAGGGGCCGGCAUCCGAUGCGCAAGUAGAAUCGCGUCCGGGAACAGUGGAAAUACCUGGUUCCGCUACGCCUCUGCGACCGGUCAGGAUUGAUCAGUUUGAUCUUGACAAGCCUGCACGACCGUCGGGAAGCAGUCAUCGCCCAACUGGUAUUCGACUGCCGUCCAAGGCGUCCCGCGAAGCGCUUACAUCGGCGGAUCCGCCUUCCAAGCCCGUCCUGCGUAUCCUGAUAGUCGAGGACAACGAGCUUAACAGCAACAUGCUCGCCAAGCGCCUCACCAAAGACGGUCACCAGAUUGUGCAGACUUUGAACGGUCAGGAGGGUCUGGACAAGAUCCUGGAGGACCGAGAGUUCGACGCCAUUCUGAUGGACAUACAAAUGCCGAUUCUUAAUGGAUUCGAGGCCACCGAGCGAAUCCGUGAAGUCGAGAAGAAGGAUGCUGCUAAUGGGGACCCAACAUCUAACAGGCUGGUCUCCUUCCGUCUCAAUGGUCGCAUCCCGAUUUUUGCUGUGUCUGCCUCGCUCCAGGAGCAGCAGUACGAGGAGCUGAAGAACUACGGGCUCGAUGGCUGGAUCCUCAAGCCCAUCAAUUUUAAACGACUGUCGACCAUCAUGCACGGCAUAGUCGACAUUCACCAACGACAAUCCGACCUCUAUCGUCCUGGUCACAUUUGGGAGAACGGCGGAUGGCUCGUCCCAUCUCCGUAUCUAUCCCCCGAUUCGGACGCGUUGUCGCCAUGAUUACUCCAGGUCUUGUACGAUCUCUAAACUUGUAUUCUCUCGGGUUCCAGGGGUUGACCGCGCAGAUAUUAUAUGUACUUAUAUACCCUCAAGCAUCGGCUCUAUCGCACCGACCGGGGAAGUCUAUUCGCUUUUUCUGUCCUGUCUCGUCAUAGCACCUGCUUUUCGUACCUUCGCACCACACAUCACCACUAUAUUAGGGCUCACUAACCAACAUACGCAUAUACGCACAUCGCUCCCGUCCUGCUGUCCAGUGUUCCGAUUGUUACGCAUACACGACUGUAAUUCUUGGGGACAUUGUUGUAGCCCACGCAUGGUGCUGUACUUACUACACACGCUGUACCGAGGGGACAAUGUAGCAUGACCUUGCCACCCUUUAUUUGUAUUCAUUCGAUAUUGCUUGCUCAUCUUCCUACUUUGGCUGG